CCGGAAAAAGAUUAUCCCCGAACUAGCAGAAUCUCACUCCUGUCUACCCACACGCCAGAAUCAGAGGUCCGGUUUUACUGAAUUCUACUGCACUAAUUUCAUCGUUUCUCUGAGUUCUUAGCUUGGAUUGCAUAUUUUUUUGAUUUCGAUGCAGAAUUGUAGUCCUGUUGAUUCUUCAUCUUGUGAUAUUGAAUUAUGAAUUUGCCACUUCCCUCAUGUGCUUGUAGUGUUUCGAUGUAGUGCAGAGCAAUUUUAAUCUUGACGUUGAUAAUCAUAAUUUCUUAUCAAAGUUGGGAAAUUUGUAUAUUUUCAAAUUGCCAUGUCUGAAAUUUGAUGGGUUGUGAAAGAAUUGAUUUUGAGUGUUAUGAUGAUAUGGGUUAGUUUAAAUCAUGAUGAUAAAUGGGUUUGUAUUUAUCAUUGCAUUCCUUAUCUUGAGAAUUGAUGAAUGAGUGAAUGAGUGAAUGGGUGGAUUCAAGCAAUACAACUCUUUUGGUAAGUUUUGAUUUUAUAAAUGUUUUGUACUUUUUGCUGAUGAUUUUCUUAAAUUGUAGAAUUAUGGGCAUCCAAGCUAGAAAUGCUAAUGAUCGCCUUAGGACGGUUUGGACUCCUGAAAUGGAUCGGUUUUUCAUUGACCUUAUGCUAGACCAGGUCAAAGAAGGUAAUAGGUAUGAUGAUCAGUUUGGAAAAUUGGCAUGGAAGCAUAUGUCUACAGUGUUCAAUGAGAAAUUCAAGUUUCAAUUUGAAAAGGAUAUUCUUAAAAAUCGGCACAAGACACUUAGGAAUCUGUAUAGGGCUGUUAAGAAUCUCUUGAAUCAGAGAGGCUUUAGCUGGGAUCCGAAGCGGAAAAUGGUGAGAGCUGACAACAGAGUCUGGGAAGAAUAUCUCAAGGUGCACAAGGAUGCGCGUUCAUUCAGAGUAAAAACUAUCCCUUACUAUAAUGAUUUGUGUGCCAUUUUUGGACAUGAAACAACUGAGCAAGAAGGUGGUGACAACGACGAUCUGGACAAAAGAACAUUACAAUCUGGUGACAACAAAACAAGUGCUGUCACUCAGACUGCAAGUACUAGCCAGGAAGCUGCAGAGACUGUUCCUGGAACUACAGUCGAAGAAGAUGGCAACAUUUCUACUCCAAAUGAAGUUGUUAAUGAUACACUGCAAGAGAUGCCAAAUGAAACAGAAAGUACAAUUCCGUUUCGUACUAGAACAUCUUGGCAACCAUCAAUGGACCGUUAUUUCAUUAAUCUUUUGCUAGAGCAAGUGCGGAAAGGGAGCAAAAUUGAUGGUGUAUUCCGCAGAGAAGCAUGGAUGGAGAUGAUUGCAUCAUUUAAUGCUAAAUUUGGUUUUAGCUAUGACAUGGAUAUUUUAAAAAAUCGCUAUAAAACUCUUAGAAGGCAAUAUAAUGCUGUAAAUAAUCUUCUUGAACUAGAUGGGUUUGCCUGGGAUGACACUCGUCAAAUGGUGACUGCUGAUGAUUCUGUCUGGCAAGACUGUAUCAAGAAACAUGCUGAUGCACGACAAUUCAUGACCCGUCCUGUGCCAUACUACAAAGACUUGCGUGUCAUAUGUAGAGAUGGAAAUGCUGAUGAUAGUGACUGCUUUUCCCCUCAAUGUUUGGAGCCACAAAAUGAGGUCCAAGGAGAGAAGUCCCAUGGUUCAGGAAAGAGGUCUCAAUCUCCAGCAGAAUCAGUUUCUAGUGAAGAUCAAGUCGGUGAUGCACUGGAGCCAGGACAUAGGCUUUCAAAGACUGCUGGGUCUAACAUGAAGGGCAAACGACAAUCAGGAAACCAGUCUAGUUCUCCACAUCCAAAGAAAUCAAGAAGUGAAGACGACAGCAUGGCUAGUGCCAUUCGUAAGAUGGCAACUGUUGUUUCUUCUUUGACAGAGAAGAAGAAAGAUGAGGAGACUUCAAACACAGUUUCGAUAGAGAAUGUAAUUGCAGCGGUACAAGAAUUGCCGGACAUGGAUGAAGACCUUAUAUUGGAUGCAUGUGACUUCUUAGAGGAUGAAAUGAAAGCAAAAACAUUUAUGGCUCUGGAUCCCAAACUACGAAAGAAAUGGUUGUUAAGGAAGCUGCGCCCUGACUUAUAAUUUUAGUUGAGUUUUAUCUUGUCGCAGAUUAGCUCAAUUGAAAAGGCUCUUGACAUACCGGACUUGUUUAGAUUUUAUAAUAAUAAUCAGCUGUAAAGUUCAAUUAGUUGAAUAUAGCAUAUUGCAUUUGAGUUUAGCCUGUCUACUUUGCUAGAAACUGAUUCCAAUAGAUAAAGAUAAUUACAUAAUGCAUUGCAAAGAAGUUUCCCUCAUUGAUAGCACUCUGACAUUGGCACACACAACAUUUAAGCUCAACAAUGGGCACAACCACCACCUUAACAAUCCCAGCAACCGAAAAAUGCAUACACCAGCACUAUGAAAAAGAUAAAAUUGCAAACUUCAAGGGUAGGCUGAUUGAAAUUGAAAUUGGAAUCUUGCAUUAGCAUCAGAGUUUAGAAUAAGAUGGCAUGCUGACUACAGAUUGUAAAACUAAUUAUGCCUAACUUCUACAUCUGCUCCACUUUCUCAAUGGACGUAUCAUCUUAUAAUUCACCGGAAAUAACAUUGAUGACAAACUUGUUAAUUUGUACUCAGAAGCAGACAACAGAUGUUGCUAAAAUGUCUUUGUUCAUAGGUCAUUGUCAAAGAUGGUGGACAGCAAAAGGUGCUGUACAAAUUCACAUCUCCUGGCCAUCGCCAUGAGGUCCUUGUCUGAUGAAGGAGACAGGUGGACAUUUCUGUAACCAUAAAACUUCCAUCAAAUUCAUGUAAAGAGGGUAAUGCUAGAAUCAAAAUUUGACAUCUAAGUUAACGAAAACAUGUUUCAAUACCGUUAAAAGGAGGCAAGAAAUUCUCAUACUACAAAAUAUCACAAAGCACGUGAAAUCAGAAGAUGAAAAGCACAAGAAAUGAGAAAGCACAUUUAGAAUUCAGUGGGCGCACGCAAUCUUGAGACAUCGCUUUGUUUUAGUUCUUAUUUGGGCAACACGGUUUCCCACAAUUCUAUUCUCUUGUUUCCAUGCAGUAAAGGUUAGAC